AUGUCCACGUCCUCGACCCCAGGUUCCGCCGCUCUUCUGCGGCGGCAACUUAAACAGAUGCAGACGGACAAGGACAUCCCAGGGAUAUCAUGUGGCUUGGUACACGAUAACAACAUCUACGAGUGGGAGGUCAUGCUCAUGAUAAACGAUGAGACAAAAUACUACGGAGGAGCAAAUUUCCGCGCCCGCCUAAAGUUCCCGCCCGAGUACCCCCUCAUGCCGCCCGCCCUCACCUUCCAGGACCCCAUCCCCUUCCACCCAAACGUCUACCCGGACACGGGCCUGCUGUGCAUCAGCAUCCUGCACCCGCCCGAGGAGGACAAGUACGGCUACGAGGCCGCGUCGGAGCGCUGGAGCCCCGUGCAGACCCCCGAGACCAUCCUGCUCAGCGUCAUCAGCCUGUUCGCGAGCCCCAACGACGAGUCGCCCGCCAACCCCGAGGCCGCCAAGCUGCUGCGUGAGGAGAGGGCCGGCGCGAACAAGGACUUCCGGAAGAGGGUGCGGAAGUGCGUCCGGGAGAGCCUCGGGGAGGACUGA